GUGUGGAAAUGUUAAUUUUGCAAGAAGAUCACAAUGUAACAAAUGUGGAAAAGAUAGAAAAGAAGGAAUUGUGUAUAAGAAAGGUGGACAAGAAAUUGGUAAAAACUUGGCGGAGAAAAGCAAGGGACUCUUCAGUGCCGAUGACUGGCAGUGUAAAACAUGUGGGAAUGUAAAUUGGGCAAGACGAAUGACGUGUAACAUGUGUAAUACUCCAAAAUAUGGCAAGCAGGAACAGCGAACUGGAUUUGGUGGUGGCUACAUGGAAAGAGACGAAGUUGUGGAGUAUAAAGAACGAGUUGUUGAUGAUAAUGAUGAAUAUGAUGAGUUUGGCAGAAAAAAGAAAAAAGGUAGACAAUCAAUUGAUGAAGUACAAAAGAAAUAUCCUGAUAAUGAUGAGGAGGAAAAUGACAGCAAUGAUGAUGAGGGAGAUGCUUCAGCAUACAAACUUGACUCGGAUGAAGAAGAAGAGGAUGAUGAUGGAGACCUGGGGCAGUAUGAUCUUGCUGCAAGUGAUGAUGAUGAUGAUGAUGAUGAUAAAAAUGUGUCCCGUGGUAAAAGGUCAAGGUCACGGUCAAGUUCAUCCAGUUCUAGCUCACAAUCCUCUCGCAGCUCAAGUUCAGGUUCAUCAUCAACAUCCAGAUCGAGGUCAAGGUCAAAAGACAGAAAGCGUGCUAGAUACUCACGGUCUAGGUCCAGGUAACGGGUAACAGGGGUACUGGUAAAGGUCAAAGGUCAUCAUCGCGUGGUAGAAAUUACAAGGAAUCCGAAGAUUCAAGAGCAAGCUAUGAGUCGGAUGGCAAGAAAUAACAAUGGCUGACUGGUCAAGGUUUGAUUGUUAAUGAAAAUGAAAUGAAUUUAGCUUUCUUCUCCUAAAUUGAAUAGUAACAUUAAAUAUUCUAUAGUAAUUCUAAUCAGAAAUUUUGUCCCCAACAAACUUUUCUAGAUUUUAAGCAGGGGCAAUUAUUUGUGAAGAGUGGUAGUUUAUAUAUGUUUUUUUUUCUACUUCACUGAUUGAUUAUUGAUGUGUUGUCAUUUUUAGCAGACAGACAGACGGACACCAAAACCAAGCUUUCAAGUACCAAGAGAAGGAUGUUGACUAUACAGCUAAAACAAAACAUGAGAAAUUAUUUUCUCGCCUGCUUCCAUUUUGGAUCAUUGCAUGAAAAUAUUUCUACUAACCACAAUGCCAUGCUUGUUAAUAAUAUUUGAUAUGAGUUGUAUAAAUAUUUUGAAUGCUUGAUCAUGUGGAAAUUAUUUCUGAUGGAUCAUUUA